AUGACAGAUGAAGCCAUCGCUUGUAGGGAGGAUUCAUCCGCCAGCAAUCAUCAAAGUAACUUGGCAGAAGAAAGAGAUGCUUCUCCAGCACUAUCUAGCCGCUGGGCAGAAAGGUUGCUUAGUCUGACCCGGGAGUACAAUGUUCAAAGACCAGCUGCUCCAAUCAAUGUGGUCAGUGGAUGCACCGGCAUUAGCGCUGAGAGCUUUGUGUUCGAGGCUUUGAACCUCAACUACAACAUCCUGUCUGCCAGUGAUCCAGAUCUGAAGUGCCACAAGUUCUUGCUCGCCAAUCUUGCGCAUGGCAAGCCAACGCAUUGGUUUAAGAAUCUGGAAGAUCAAAUGAAGAACCGACCCUGUUGUGACCAUCGCUAUGCACAGCAGUGCCAAGCAUCCCCGGUUCAGCCAGACUUGGGAAUAUGUGGAACACCCUGCCAUCCUUAUUCAACUCAACGUGCUAACAGGUUUGCAGCAGGUUCUGUAGAUGAGCACAAAGAGUUCAAUGUAGCUAUGGAACAGUUUCUCAAAUGGUUUGAACGAUUUGAACCAAAGGCGCUGGUGUUUGAACAAGUGAUGGGUUUCCAAAUGCCGUUCAUUGCUGGUGGUUCAGAAACUCCUUUGUCUCGGUUCAAGUCUCUCUUGCAGAGAUGCGAUUUCAACUGUGGUGGAUACUACCUGGUCACGAAGCAGCUUGAUAUGAAGAUUUGGUACCAGAUUUCUCGACCCAGGCUAUUCUUGGUAUUCCUUCGCAAAGAUGCCUACAGCAAAGAUGAUGCCAAACGCUUCUCUGAGCUGUGCGAGGACGUGUUCAUGCUGGCUUUCAAAGGGCACAAGUUUAUUGGCAACAUGGUGGUUGGCCUAGUCACUAGUCUCUAG